AUGCCAUCAGUCCCUGACUGGGCCCACCCCACUCCCUCACCAUCGCUUAUGGUUCGCAUGCCAGAUCCCAAAGCCUGGCAAGCUCCACAUUUUGGUUCCACGCUCAAUGGGAAAUCCUUACCUGGAAUGGACCAGAGCGAGUCGUCUCUCCGAACGCUCCUUUCUCAGGUGUGCGCCCCCUUCGUGCAAGGAAUGGUGACGGCAGUGGAACAACUUGUCCAACAAGAAGUAGAACGCCAGGUCAAGCUUCUGCGCCAGCAGGAUGGCCAUGCUUCCAUGAAUUGGCCACGGCGCUUGAGCAGAGAACAGCCGCAACAGCCGCAACAGCACUCAUAUGGAAGUCCCUCUGAGGGCAUGCCAUUCGGUCAUGUUUUUGCCGCACAAGCUGACCAGCAAAACCAGAGCACAGGAGCUGCGGAGACGAUGAAGUUGACCAGCGUAGCAUCUCUGCCCCUACGAGAAGAGUCCUCGGAGGACGAGUGCGAGGCCGAUGGGGACCAUGGAGGCCACUUCCAAGCACUUUUUGGUGGGAAAGCUCCUACAUCUCAUUCGAGGUCAUCAUCAUUCUCAGAGCGGUCUAAUGCGACACCUCCAUCCGAAGAUGCUGAGCCUCCAGGCUUCAGCACGCAAGGAUUUUCCGGAGUGGUGCAAUCUGCAGAUGGCUCUGGUGACCCUUUGUACCUUCAGUGGUCGCGAGGCCAGUCACAUCGAGAGAGACCAUCGUUGACACCGACAGUCUCUCCUGUGACUCCACAUGUGUCACCCAACGUCGGCGGAAACCAGCGACAGGGCACGAAGCAAACAGUGGAUUGUCAUCAAGGAGAUGCAGGAACCCCGCAGGCGAAGUCUGCAGUUGUUUGUCGCCACUGGAAGUCGAAAGGCUGGUGCAGACUUGGGGAUGAAUGCAAGUUCGCCCAUCCUGAACACAAGUGUGGAGCUGGGUCGCAGAUGAAGAAGGAAAAGGAUCGAUCGGUGACAAGCAGCAGCAGUGCAUCACUCAGUUGCCAGUGCAGAGUUCUCGUUGGCUUUUCAUUUCCGUGCCGGUAUAUGGAAGAACAUGCUUUUUGA